UGCUCUGGCUGACUGGAAUCGGUUGAUCGCUCCAAAUGAUGAACGCCGCCAGUGCACAGCAGAGACGACACGUGUGGGCAUGGCGCAAAAUCGGAGGCUCUAUUAUUGCUUUUUGCUGCCUCGUGAAGUCCAACCGAGUUCUUGAGUGUGUGACCUAAGCGUUCGUGCACGUUGCCUAUCUGCUUCUGUAUUUUGGGGAGUAGUUUACGCACGACUUGUCCGGCGCAGACGAUGACACACUGAAGUUGUUUUUCCGUGUAAAUAUUUCUCCAACAUGACAGAUUCAAACUUGAGGAAUGGCAGCAUCCACGCGAUAUAUUUCUUGGAGUCUCUCAACGGAUCUUUAUUGGAUGUAAUGUUUCCAAACGACAGCACGGCCACUGCGUGUCCGAACUUUACAAUGGACUCUCGAUCGGUGUGGCUCGGGCUUUUUCUGGCGUUAUUUACUCUGGUGGCGGUGGUGGGCAACAUUUUGGUCAUCCUGUCCGUAGUGUGCAACAGCCACUUGCAGACAGUGACCAACUACUUCAUCGCCAACCUGGCCAUGGCGGACCUGCUGCUGAGUAUCGUGGUGCUCCCCUUCUCCGCAUCUCUGGAGGUUUUUGGCUGCUGGGUGUUCGGCCGAGCGUUCUGCAACAUCUGGGCGGCGGUGGACGUGCUGUGCUGCACCGCCUCGAUCCUCAGCUUGUGCAUCAUCUCCGUGGACCGUUACAUCGGCGUCAAACACUGCCUCAAGUAUCCGAGCAUCAUGACCGAGAGGAGGGCAGGUGUCGUCCUGGUUCUGGUGUGGGUGUCAUCCACGGUCAUUUCCGUCGGCCCCCUGCUGGGCUGGAAAGAACCGCCUCCCUUGGACGAAAGAAUCUGCAGAAUCACCGAGGAGCCCGGAUAUGCACUCUUCUCAUCCCUCUUCUCCUUCUACCUGCCGCUCCUGAUCAUCCUUGUCAUGUACUUUAGGGUCUAUGUGGUGGCCCGCAGGACCACCAGGAGCCUGGAGGCGGGCGUCAAGCGCGAAAGGGACAAGUCCGCGGAAGUGGUCUUGAGGAUCCACUACCGCAGCGUCCCGGAGGAAGCGCGUGCAGUCAGCUCCAAGAGCCACAAGCAGCACCCACUCCGGAGCUCGCUCUCCGUGCGCCUCAUGAAGUUCUCUCGGGAGAAAAAGGCCGCCAAAACCCUCGCCAUCGUCGUGGGCAUGUUCAUUCUCUGCUGGCUCCCUUUCUUCUUCUUCUUGCCCAUGGGCUCCUUUUUUCCAGCGAUGAAGCCCUCAGAGACGGUAUUCAAAGUGGUCUUUUGGCUGGGGUACUUCAACAGCUGCAUCAACCCCAUGAUCUAUCCCUGCUCCAGCAAAGAGUUCCAGCGGGCUUUCACACGCCUCCUCAGAUGUCGCUGUCACCAGCGGCGGAGAGUUCUACGUCGCUUCUAUGACCAGAAUUGGCGGUCAACAGUCAGGGGGAUGGCGCUGGAACAAAGAGGGGUGCAGGAGUCUGGCGACACCGCACACAGCUCCUGUGGCAGCUCUUUGUUAAGCAAGCUGGGGGGUAAUAGAAAGAGAUGGAACCUCUUCCCGCCGCUGCAGAAGUCGUCCUUUCAGCUCAAAGAAACAGUGAACAAUCUGUCAAAUAAAAUCAAGGGAGACGCAGGGCGAGGCAGCACACCUGCAGUAGUCGAUGCAGUUGCAAUGGGGAUUUACAACGUCUGCGAACAAAGCAGUUAUAACAUCUAUGACUUGGCCGAGUGUUACGGCUUGAAGGAGACGGAUAUUUAAUGGCCCACGAGAGGACGCUUAUUUAUUUAUUUUUUUUCAAGACCCUUUUGGGUCAAAAUCAUUCAGACAUUCAGAAUCAGAACCAACAAAUCCGCUUUUGCAUAGAUACCAAUGCUCAGUUUUUCCAUUUUUGAAUACAGCUCUUGUGUUGUGCGAGUGAUCAUCUUUUUGUGGCUAGUGAGUGGAAAGAACUGUUGAUAGUUUUAGAAUGAUUGCAUGAUAUCAGCAUCAACAUUUCCAUCCUUCACAACCUUGAUAGAUUCGACACUUUUUCAAUUUGACUUGUAUCACACACGCUUCACUGUCAAAUUUUAUAAUCAUCACAGUUUUGGUUUAUAUUGACAUUGCACAAUAGGAUAGGGAAACUUAUGGGAAUUAAAUGGUGCAAAUGAUUUCUUGUAACUCUUGGGCGUGUAUCAUCAGUUUUAACUGACACAUUUCCUUGACCAUUAGCAUUAACUGAAAAUUCAAGUGCAGAGUGCUACUGUGAAUUUAACAUUAUAUUUUUCCAAUGCUAUGCUUGUUUUUUGUGCCAAUUAAAAUAAUUUUG